CAUCCACCCAGCACGAGAUGGCAAGCGAGUGGAGGGUGUGCGGGAGGCCGUGUGGGACGUGCUUCCGCCGGUUCCGGUCUACGACGGGUCGGCCUGGCAGCUGGGCUUUGCUGCCUUUUACCUCGUGCUUUUACUCGGCUACGCUGCGCUGUACUGCAUGGGCAUGGCGUCAGCGCGGGCUCAUGCGGAGAGCAAGGUCGGCGGGAAGCGGAGGAAGGGCAAGGACCGGGGCGACGGAGAGGCAGAGGCAGGCGAGGUUGCUGGCGUCGUCUCCUCGGUCCGGGUCUAUCCGGUCAAGUCGUGCUCGGGCAUGGAGGUGGAGGCGUGGCCGGUCGGACCGACAGGGCUUGUGCUCGAUCGGGCGCUGUGUGUGGUCAAUGCGGCGAGCGGCGAGUUUUGCCAUGCCCGCAAGGCGCCGCAGAUGCUGACGUGCCGGGCGACGGCGACGAUUCACGAUCUUGGGCCGCACCCGGACGCGCCGCUGCUGCCGUCCAAGUUUGACAUUCGCCUCACAGUCGAGCACGUUGACAGCCAGCUCACCAUCACUGCGCGCGACGUUCGCGCUGGUGACGGCGAUGAGCCGCGUGAGGUCUCGGUCUGGUCAUCGCACAUGCUGGCGGCACCGGUCGAGGCGCGCAAGGCGCGGGUCUCGACUUGGGUCUCGGACCUGCUGCGCUGGUCACCAUGGGCGAGGCCUACUCGCGGCCGAUCGGUUCCGGCUAUGUCGACGAGCUUGGCGGCGCCGGUGACGGCGCGCAAACGGCGUUCACCGACUCGCUCCCGGCUUGCUCGCGACGGCCUCGAGACGGUGAGCAUGGAGCGGUUCCGGCCGAACGUGGUGGUGACGACGACGACGCCACACAUCGAGGAUCGGUGGAGGCGGAUCCGCAUUGGUGAGUUUGAGUUUGGCAUUGCGUCGGCCUGCUCGCGCUGCAUCCUCACCACCAUCGACCCCAGCACUGGGGCGUUUACUGACGUCCCGUUCAAGACGCUGCAGAGCUACCGCCGCCCGCCCAAGGGCGCGCGGCCGCUGUUUGGCGUCAAACUUGUCCAGCUGGCCGGGCCGGCGACAGGCGGCGAGCUCGCAGUCGGGCUCGACGUCGAGGUCCUUGAGCUUGCUGACGAGCCGAUCAUGCGGACGUAG